ACACAUCAAACCGAACAAGAUUAUAAUGCUAAAAAGUUUGAGGACCAAAAACUUUUUCUAAAACCAGUCGAGUUUUUGCCUUGCGCUGAUUAACACACGUUUUGCGCCCCCUUGUGCUCGUUUGGCGUUUUUCGAGAGAGACCUAGAGGCGACGAGGACGAACCACGGCGAGAGUCCGGCUAGAUUUUUCCGCGCGACGUUCAAACCGCUCGACAAGUUUUUGGCAGUGAAGAAGUUCGACGAGAGGAUUAGUGAUUUUUUUUGUCGUUUUGUAAAUUCGAUUUAAUUUGAUAGUGUUUUUUUUUUGUUUGUUCGUUUUGGUAUCGCACAAACUACCUAGAGAUCAAACGUUUUUUUGACAGACGAGAAACAAAAACAACACUGCGCGCACAUGCCAGCGGUUAAGUGAUUGGAGAAAAAAAUAGUAUUCCUGGUGCCUGGAGUGCUUUUGACAGUGUGUCAAGUGAAUUUCUACUUUUUGGUGAAACUGCAAAUCACGCGCGCGAGUUCCGGAGGCGUAUUGGAACUACAAAACUAAAGAUUUGAUUCUAUUUCUUGCUUUUUUUUUCGUUAAUGCGCUUCGCUGAACUUUAAAAACCCGGAAUAGAACACGGGUGAAGAGUGUGUGUAUAUUUUUUUCCGCCCCGUUCGUCCGUGCAUCGUUCAUCGGAUUACACCCGCACACCCGCAACCGUUUUUUUUUAUUCGUUUUAUUUCGGCAGAGUUUUUUGACUCAUCGUUCUCUGUUGUUAUGCGAAUUAUUUUUUCGCUAUAUACCACAUAAAACCGUUCCCCAGCGGGGUGAUGUUGAGCGCCCCCGCGCAACCGUUCCGGACCGAUGUGGUGUCGUAAAAUUCGUCGUACGUGAGAGCUUGCGGCGGUAGCAUUUUUGUGUUUUUGGAAAGCAGCUCCGAUCCCCGUCGUUCGAAGAGAAGAGAAGAGAACCCCCCCGAAAAAUUGAAAAAAACGACUGAGAAAACCAGCAGACAUCUGAACGGGAAACCGGCGGAAAAUUUGCUGCUGCUCGCAGUGAAUGAAAGUGUGUGUAUAGAAAAUACCGAAGACGAAAAAAAAAUCCGAGUGCUGAUUGCGGGGACCGUUUAUCGACCGACAGAGAAAAGUAAACAGAUCCAGGAAAACUUCAAAGUGAUAAGACAGGAAGUUGCCAGCCGACGAUCGAAAUUGGUCGGUUUAGUUUUUUCGUUGUUGUUGUGUGAAGUGAUUGAUGUUGACGGGUUCCGUGGGAAGAUCUGCGAAUCGUUCGGCUCUCUUUGGUAACACUACUUUGUGACAUUCUAAUCCCGUCGGUCCCCCGAAAACGGCCACAAAAUUCUCUCCCUACAACAUCACCACCACCAUCAUCCCCCAGCCGGCACCCUGGAGGGUAGAACGAUCGAGUACCGGCCCGGCGGCGGGUUGGAUUACCACAACUCGCCGCUGAUGGCCGAGAUCCCCACCGGGGACUACAGUCACAUCCACCGGUCGAUCGAUCAGUUGCGAUCGAUGAACGAACGGGGAGUGCUGGGCCAACUGAACGCCCUCAGCGCGGCCAAUUCUACCGAUCUGCGUUCGGCCAUCGUCCACGACUACAAACCGUACAUCAGUGAUCUGCGGCACCAGCAGAACGACCGGCUGGACUAUGCCUCUGUGGUGCACAAACAGGUGCUGGACGAGCAGCGGGCUGCGGCCAACAACAACAACAACAACUCGGACAGCGAAAUGCGCCACCCGGAGGAUCAGAAACCGCACCACUACAGUGCCCCGUCCACACCGCCCACACCGUUGUCCAUCAGCGAUGCCCAGAUGCACGAGUCCAAGCGAUACGGAAUGAAGACGAGCCGCAAUCGGAAGAUCUUUGCCAACAAGGGCGACCUGCAGCUGCACGGUGGUCAGUUGCACAUGCGCGAAACCAAACCGUACAAGUGCUCCCAAUGUACAAAGGCGUUUGCCAACUCGAGCUACCUGUCGCAGCACACGCGGAUACACCUCGGCAUCAAACCGUACCGGUGCGAGAUCUGCCAGCGGAAGUUCACCCAGUUGUCGCACCUGCAGCAGCACAUACGAACGCACACCGGUGACAAACCGUACAAGUGUCGCCAUCCGGGCUGCCCGAAGGCAUUUUCGCAGCUCUCGAACCUGCAGUCCCACUCCCGGUGCCAUCAGACCGACAAACCGUACAAAUGCAACUCCUGCUACAAGUGCUUCACCGACGAGGCGUCCCUGUUGGAGCACAUACCAAAGCACAAGGACUCGAAGCACCUGAAGACGCACAUCUGCCAGCUGUGCGGCAAAUCGUACACCCAGGAGACCUACCUCGCCAAGCACAUGCAGAAACACGCGGAGAAGGAGGAGAAGCGCCGGAAUCGUGGCAACAAUAGCAAUAAUAACAACAACAACAAUAAUAACAAUAGCGCGGCGGCGGCAGCUGCUGCAGCCGCAGCCGCAGCAGGACUUUCGGCCGCCGAUGCGGCCGCUGGUUUGGCAGGUCUGGCUGGACUAGGCCUCAAUCGAAUGGGUGGAAUGGUCGGUAAUGCUGCGGCCGCCAGUCUGGUGGCUGCUGGCGGUGAUCAUCCCUACUGGCCGAAGGUUAGUCCCGAUUCCGCAGCUUCUCUGGCGGAAGCAAUGCAACAACAACAGCAGCAACAGUACGACUUUGCCCUCCAACAGCAACAACAGCAGCAACAUGGCGGUGGAGGUGGAGGCGGUGGAAACAACUCCGCAAAUGAUCAUCAUCGUAACCUGAACGGUGGCAACUCAGCCAAUUCGGAUGACGUCGGCGAAGACUUGGUCGUAAUUCGACAGAACCCCCAACAACAGCAACAGCAGCAGCAGCAGCAGCAACAACAGCAACAGCAUGUGAAUAACCAGACGCCAACCUCAUCGGCGACGAAUGUCGUGGUGACUAGUGGAGGCUAUGACGCCUCGAGUGUCACGAAAACCACUACGAACUCGGCAUUCACACCGAUCAAUGCGAUGCCACCGCACCUCAACACGCUGGCAGCGGCACAUCACCAUCAGCAGCUGGCGGCAGCCCAGCGGCCUUCCUAUCUGUACGAUGCCAUCAGUUUCCAGAACCAGAAGUCGAUCCAGCAGGCCGCGGCCAAUACGGCCGGUAACAGUUUUCCGAACCAGCUGAUCUCGCUGCACCAGAUUCGCAACUACGCCCACCAACCGUCGAGUGGGUUGAUAGCGGGCGAACAUCUGCUAAUGGGUGGCGGUGGGGUCGUAGGUAAAACGGAAAAGCAGUAAAAAAAUCGGAAUAUGUAAGCUCUAGCUGCUAGCAGUAGUCGGUAGGUUUUCCGGGGAACCGUCUGCCGGAAUAGGAUAGACAUGACGACGGCACUUGAACACCCACACACCCUCAGCCACACGAGAUUCGAAUACUCGAUUGAUCUUUGUAUAGGAUUUUCAUGAUUUGCGAUCGUCCGAAGUGCGAAGUUGUACAGAAACGGUUUGAAGGGUUGAUCGCUUCUUAUGGUUUUCCUUUUUGUCUGGUAGACUGUGCGAUAAGAGCAGCAGGUUGUGAUGAAUAUAAUUUGGAGAUCUUAAAGUUCAAACUGUACGUUAUGUUUUGCUUACUUUGAAUCCAUAACAUCGAAUAUAUUUACCAGCUUUCUUAUGAACACAAAACCCAACAGUCGUGAUCCAGAUUUAUCUGUUUUUACUUUUCAUAAACAACUAUUUGUGUCAAUCUCUUCACCAUUCGCCUUCGGCUCAUCAGUUCUUAAAACAGAUCUAAUUGAACUGCUAUUUAAACCGCUAAGCAGACGCAAAAUGUGUAAAUUUAGAGUCUGCUUAGUGCUUUAAAUUGAACUGCUAGGUGGAGAUGGCAGUUUGAACUGCUUAUAAAACACUGAUGAGCCGAAGGCGAAAUGUGAAGAAAUCGAAACGAAAUAACACAGCACUAAAUAAGUGGUGUGACACCGAAACUGUGAGAAUCGAAAAUGACAGAACAAGGUUUCACAAUAACUUUUACCUGUUGGUGCCCGAUUUCGUAGUAGUUUUAGUUUCCAAAGAGGUUCUGGGUUGUAAUUGCUUCGAUUUGUCAUGUUUUAGUCACUUUUUAUAGCCAAGCGUCACAGAUUUUCAAUACACGUUAGUUUUUUCGUCUUGUCGUAGAGGAAAAAGUAACAUUUGCAAUUAUACUCUCUCUUUGCUUCAAUGAGAAACGCGAAUGCUUCGUCUCUCUCCGGUUUUUUCUGGUGCCGGUCAUUUUCGAAUGAGACAGUAAAAUAUUGAAAAUGAGGCUGUUGGAUUGGAUUAUUUCAUGGGGAAUGUGUGACAACUUUAAGCUCUGGUUAGUAUUCGCUUUUGAAUAUUUUUAUCUUUCUCAAGAUAAUCGAUGAAUAUUCACCCUCAUUCUUGUUCCCGUCCGUAUCGACCACUCGAAUGUAUUCGAACGCGACUCGUUUGUUACAAAAUAUUUAAACAUCAGUAAGCUUCUUCGAAAAAAAAUGCUAAGCCACGAUGAAAUCACUUUAGCUCUUGUAAUUAACCAUAUGCGAAAAGCUAGAAUGAAUGCCAGUUUAGUUUCGAACGGUACGUGCUUUCGAACAUCAUUCGUACGAACGAAAAGUCCUAUUGUCGUUUACAGACGGAGAGACGAAAUACCGUGGUUUGGAUUCUUCAGUUCAAUGGUGCGAAUCAACCUUUCGAAUACAUUGAAAACAGUUUAACCGAUUUCCAACGAAUUUCUUUUCGAAUGUAAAGGUGAUUUGCAAUCAAAUGGUAAAUGUGUUUUUUGAAUAAACCAUUUAAAAAGCAUAGCAGUAAAAUGCUUGUUUUUUCUGACUAGCCUUCGAAUAUAUGCGCGCGGUUCCAUGUUUAUACGCAUCAAAUUUUACCAUAUCUAUUAGGUACUUUAUGGAAAAUACGCUUCAUUUUAUAUUAAGGUAGCGCUUCGCCGUGGUCAGGUGGUUUCGCGCAUUUUACCCAAAAUUUCGAGAGAACGUGGUUAGAAACGGACACUCCAAGAACAUACGAUUCUAGGUAAUUAGUUUUUCUAUAGAUUAGUAUAUAAAUUGUGCCUGAUGAACGUUUUUAUAGAAAGAUUUCGUGCGAGUUGUAAAAAUAAAUGAGUUUUUCCUUAUUGUUUCGCACACUCGCAAUGUCAGCACACAAGAAAACAAAAUGUUUAACAUAACUCGCACGAAAUUUUGCGAAAGAAAUGCUUUCCAACUGAUAUUUUUGCCAAAUGUAAAAUUGUUCUUGAGUACGAUAUUUAUUUAUCAGGUACAACUUUGCUUCCGCCGUUUUUUCCAAAAUUUAAAGCUUUAUUGCGAAAAAGUGCUUACAGAUGUAUUCUUCACAUUAUUGUCCAUCGCUAGCGACAACUUUCUCCCAUCUUUCCGGAAAUUUUCGGAUCCCGGCUCGAAAAAAGGAGUCCUUUUUUGACGCUAUCCAUGAAGCAAUCCAUUUUUCCAACUCUUCGAAGGAUUGAAAACGUUGAUCUGCCAGGCCGUGUGCCAUCGAACAGAAUAGUUGGAAGUCAGAAGGGGCGACAUCUGGGGAAUACGGCGGGUGCGGCAAGACUUCCCAUUUCAGCAUUUCCAGGUACUUUUUAACCACUUUUGCGACGUGAGGCCGAGCAUUGUCGUGUUGGAGGAUGACUUUGUCAUGUCGCUCUUGAUAUUGUGGCCGCUUUUCUUUUUGCGCGCGACUAAGGCGCAUCAGCUGCGUUCGGUAGCGAUCUCCUGUGAUGGUUUCACCCGGUUUUAAGAGCUCGUAGUAAAUCACACCGAGCUGAUCCCGCCCAAAUCACAACCUUGGCACCGUGAAUAUUAGGUUUUGCCUUCGACGAAGUAGCAUGCCCAGGCUUUUCCCAUGAUUUCUGCGUUUAGGAUUGUCGUAUCGAACCCACUUUUCAUCACCGGUUACGAUUCGUUGUAAAAACCACUUAAGAUUUUAUCUUUGAUCUUACCCAGGGCCUUGAGACGUUUUGAAAUGGCUUGCUGACUCACUCCCAACGAUUCGGCAAGCUCUUCUUGGGUUUGGCACGAAUCUUCAUCAAGCAAUGCUUCUAGUUGUUCAUCUUUGAAGGUUUUUUCUCUUUCACCACCAUGUUUGACUUCGACAUCGAAAUCACCAUUUUCAAAACGUUGAAACCACUCCCGACACGUUCUUUAACUCAGAGCAGCAUCACCGAAUGUUUCUGAGAGCAUUCGAUGCGCUUCAGCUGGAUUUUUUUCGAAUUGUAACAGAAAAGUAAAACUUCCCGCAAAUGGCGAGAAUUGGGCACAUAAACAGACAUUUUCGAGCGUGAAUAAUACGAAAACAAGAACAACUACCACUGAAACGGCGAUGACAAUUCGUUAGGCACUGUACACACUCACUUUAAAGACAUUAUCAUCUAUGUAUUUUUCCCAGCCUCAGCUGGUACAGCCACCUAUCGGAAAACGGCGGAAGCAAAGUUGUACACCUGAUAUUAUGUAGCAUUCGUCACUUCUGCUUGGAAUCUUUUAAAUCUUCUCGAUACAAAAUCAGCGAAAGAACAAGUCAUCAAACAUUUUUCAUUACAACUUAAGUCUGUACCAGAACUGAUGGUUUAAAGUUGAAUUGGCAUUGUUUUUAUGCAUGUACGAUGUUUGAAAGUGUGAUUGAUUCGAACGAAAAGGGUAAUACGAAUUUGACAUUUGAAAAAUGAGUUGAUUAUACCACGGGCAUCCCGAAAUACUGCAGCCAUAACCUUCACAACUGACUGUUGCGGAUCUUCGGAUGCUUCGGAUGUGGUUCACUGACUAGAGUCUUCUGAUAAGAGGAUCGUUUCGAAUCCGGAGCGAAGUGAUGAAUCCAUGAUUGAUCCAUUGUCACAUAUCGACACAAAAAAUUUGAUUUAUUACUUGUAAACUUGGCCAAACACUACUCAGAUUUAUCAACUCGAGUUGUUUUUAAGGGACAAGACUAUUUGCAAGCGUUUGAGUAAUGUCAACAAUGUGUGCGCAAAAACAAAUUCCGACACUGAUUUUAAUCAAUAAAUCUUCCAUAUGGUUGAAAAAUAAACCAAUCAGUUCAUUCUGCCUAAAAUUGCAAUUCAUGAAAAGCAAAAAUCUUAGUCUAAAACUGUUCCGUUUUCCUUAAAACUGCUCGAGAAAAAUUACUUUAGUUUUAGCUUACUUCCACUAACACAUUUGAUUAGCAACAAACACAUUCCUAUAUGGAUUUCCUCUUGCAGAAUUUUGUGCGAUAAAAAGAUUUACGUAACUUUUAUAGGUAAACCCGGAAAAUAGGAACCUUUAAUUUGGCACGCGAAAGGUAAUGGAUAUGGAAUGUUGUCGUAAGACUAUUUAUUUUUCCGGAAAACUGAUUUUACAACAUAAAAUAUUUGGUUUUUUUAUUCUGUGAAGCGCAAUCUAAUACAAAUGCAUAGAAACAUUGUUGCUAGCUUUUUUAUUAGGGAAUUGAAAUCUACAUUCAUAUAAUGUAAGCAAUUUUCCAUCAAACGUUGGUGAAAAAUUGAUCAGAACGGAUAUUUCAACCAAAAAGUCAGCUCUGAUUAAUCGGAAGUGUCAUGAAAUUUCACACGUAACUUUUUGAAAAUUGGUGCUUUAUAAACGUCACAUGAAUUUGGCAAUGACAGCGCCAUCUGUGUGUUGGUGAAUUCGUGAAUCAUUAAGUGAUGUGUUAAGCGGCCCUUACACGUGACAAUAUUAUUGUCAAUUCAAAGUACUGUCAAUAUACCAUCAAUCCAUUUUUUUUUUUGAUAACUCGAGUCCGAUUGUUUUUAAAAAUUCAAGCCUUUGGCGCUUUAAAUUUUGCAACUGAACAAUGAAAUAUUGAGAGAAGAUGUCUUUGCACAUAUUUAACAGUUUCUCUCUGGAUAGAAAGUAUUGUCGGAUUGGUGAGCAGUUUUGAUUUUUUGAUGAUAUUUUCGUCAAUCCAAUGAAGUUUUCAUUACACGAUCAAAUAUAUUUGUCUCGUGUAAGGGCCGCUUUAUGUACUUAUUGUACAAAUUGAAAAAGUCCAGGUGUGUAAUGUCAGAGACAUAACUGGAGGUAGUGAAUACGAAUAAAACUGACACUCUUACUUUAUACUUCCAAAUAUCAAUUAGUUGAUCGAUUGUGUGAAUUGUGCAAGCUAAACUACAGAACAGAUUAGUUACAUUAAACAUUCUGACACACAAAUAUUACGAAAUAACCAGUAUAGUUCUUUAUGAUAAAAUAAUGGUGGUUCUGAAAAGAACCUUUUAUGAAGGCGUUCGUGAUCGACAGUGACGAGUUGAGUUCAAAUUUCGAUGGAUACCAUUGACUUCCGAUUGAUAUUUUGAUGUCGAUUAUUUCAUUUCGGAUUUCAAUAUUUCAGUAAAAGAAACUAUCAAAAUGCAUUUCUAGCAUCCCAGGAAGGCCAAAUUGUAUAAUUUUCUAAGAUAUUAAACACUAAAUAAACGAUUUUAAACACUGUUGCGAAUUUGGAACUGUGAAAAUUGCAAAAAAAACUGAUCAAGUUAUCUUAGAUUUGCACUACACUGCUAAUUUUAAUUUUCGAUUUACAAAGCAGCAAUCUUUAUAGUGCUUUCUUCAUAUAAAGUAGGGUUAGUACUUGUCUGCGGCCCUUAAACUACACAGCAAAAAAAUAAUUGUAAAAACCUCGAUGUUAUUCUCAAUCAAUGUGAAAAACCUACUAAACAUCUAUGCAAUAAAUUUUUAUUUUCGAGAGAUAUUUUAGAUAAAUCACAUCUUAUUACGUCAAACUAACGUAUUGAGUACAUUACAUCAGCUUGACUGAAUGCUGCAUACGAUUCUGAUAGGAAAUUAUGCAUCUUUUCAUGUAAUAUUACAACGCUUAGAACGAUAUCGAGACUUUUUGGAUAUUAACUUUUGCUGUACAUAAUUUGUCACGAUGUAAUAUCACAACCAUCUCUUGGUGUCUUUCUAAGGGUUGUGUAAUAUUACACACAAAAAAAAUCUAUCAAAAUCGCAUAGAAUAUUCAGUCAAACUGAUGUAAUAUACUCAAUGUUUCGAUGUAAUAACGUUCGAUUUAUCUCUAAAACAUUUGGUGUUCAGUAGGACUAAAUUUGUUUUCAAACCGAUGAGCAUUUCUUGUCUCCGCACCGGUAAGAAGGCCAACACAAACGUGUUGUAAAAUUGUCUAACAUUGGCUCGAAACAGGUCCCCGUGUUCAGACUCCUAUUGGACGUUGAACGAUUGCGGUCAAACGUCCAACGAAUCGUUUGAACAUUGAACAAUACAUCUCUGUCGAAUUUCUAACUGUAAUACUAGUUAAAGUGAAGAUGCUGAUUAAAGUACUAUUGUCACCUAUCCCUAACGGGUUCAGUUGUUUUCUAUUAAAAAAUACUUCACAUCUAAAUAAAUUAGUAGAACCGAAAAUUUACAACUUUUUCAAAUCUUUUGUCGAUCAAACUACUCUGAGGCCUACUCAGAAAGCAACCUAACGGAACGGAGUUUCCGUAUAUGUUCAGCUUUGCACGGUCGCUACAUGGUUCAACUCAUUUCCCGUUUACUGUGAAAUUGUAGUUCGCAAAUGUUUGUUUCUUCUAUUCUAUUUGUCAGUCUAUCUCUUUCCUUGUUGGAUACUAAUGUUAGCUAAUUUCAAGACGACUUGUGCUGCCGUUCCAAACAUAAUUGUCCCAUAUAAAGGAAAUCUUAUAGACAAACUUUAAGCUUGCAUUGGUUGUUUGUCGGGAGAAAAACAUUUAGGUAAAAUGGUUUUAUUUUCAUUUCAAAGCUCUGCAGGCUUCAUUUGUGUGAUUUACUCCCGUUUAUAAACAUCUCUAUAAAGCGUAAUUCAAUUAUUAUAUAAUUAUCUCCAAUCACCUCACAACCUGCCGCCCCGCCGCAAGGAUCGACCGAGAUGAAUCUCGCCGGUCAUAUUAAAAAUUGCCCAUUUGACAAAACAACACACAACCAACCAAUCAUUUAACGCAAUCCGAACUACAUUUUAAACAAUUGAAGUAAAAUGAAGAUUCAACACAAAUCACUAAACCGGAUUGCUUCAUCCGUUCGUUCUUUUAUUUAAAUAUUAUAUCAAUUCAAGAUCUCGGUGAUUCUAGCGUUUAAGAUCGACACUACAGUCCUCCCCCCAGCCCCAAAAACAAACACGCAACUACACAUAAAAACGUCAUACCAACUUUGCGAUUUGCACGUAACUUAAGAGAAAGAAAGGAAGAAAAACUCUCUUCUGGUAAUGAGAAAACGAAAAAAAAAGAAAACAAAACAGAUUCAACUUUCAACAAUAUCGAAUAAGCAAGCAACUAAAUUGAAUUGAAAAAACUCAGCGAAAAGUUGCAACUUCUUGUACAUAGAUUAACCGAACAGAGAACGAAAACAAACACAGCUCAUUAGCUCAAGCACAAGCCAGCAACGGUGUUUAAAUUCCACUAAUUUUUAGCUGUAAGCAAACGAAAGGUCUCCGAAUAGGGUUUUUACUGUUUUACUUUAUUUUACUCUAUCCUAGUUUUGUACCAUACAACUGGACUUUCCUUUCGCUAGGUUUUGUGAUUAUUUUCAAUUGGUUUAUUUUUUUCGCAUUUAUUUCGUCUUUUGUCAGUACAGAGAGUAGCAAUUGACAGGUUUACUGUCGGUAGUUAAUUGAAACAAAAACCAUCUAUUUAAGCAAAAAUUCCCGUACUUUUAGUUGAACGUAGAGAAAGAGAUAAACAUAAGUUAUUUUUUUUUUAUUUUCCUAGAGAGCAUAAAUAUUUUCAUCUAUUCCGGUGGUUUCGAAACUCUUUUGGUAUCGAUCCCCGACAAAACGACAAAACACGAAACACACACAGACAGACACGCAGUGUAAAGUAUACUUAAAAUUGGCUAUUCUAUGGUUUCAUUCUCAUCUGUAUUAUUCUAAGUUGUUCAAUCGAAAACUGUAUCAUACUAAGGCUAUUGUAGAAAUCGUAGCAAAUAGGCAUUGGAAAAUCUGUAGAAAAUAUGAAGAAAAACCCCUUAUAUUUAAAACACAAAACUGCACCCAAUUCUGGGUGACGAUUAGAUUGAGAAUGAUCCAGAAACAUUAGAACCGUCACUGCACCUGGUGACCGGAGAUAGCGACAGUAAAUAGCAUUGGAACGGUGCUCUAGCUAAUCGGAUAAGCUGGACUAGAAAUCAAAGGUGUGAUCUUUCUAUCUGUGUACAGACAAAUGUGUGGUGAUUUAGCAGAGUAUGAUGAACGAGUAAAUAUUCGAUAUGAUGUGAAACUAUAUUAUUAUUAUUAUUAUUACUAUUAUUAAAAUUAUUAUUAUCAAUAAUGGGUGUCAAUCGGCGGGGAUAGUGGGUCACUCUUGCCACUCUCUCGAUAUUCAGUAGCAGCUAAAAUGAAAACAACAACCAAGAGUGACAAAAAAAACCCGAAGCUUGACACGGUGGUCUGUAGGAACAUAGGCAAGAGACUAAAUGGAUAAAUGAAACAAUGUGGAAAUCAGUCGAGAAACUGGGCAGGUGAAAGCGUAGCAUUGUAGAUUGUAUAAACAAAUUUUAAAUUAAAUUUAAAAACAGAAUAAAAAGUGGUUAUCUAAAAAAUGUAAAA